AAUGAAACUCUGGAUCACGAAUCUUUUUUUCUUUUCACAAUUUUCCUACAUCGUUCAUUUCUCAAUAAUAUGGUCAAACUUACGGCUGUACUUGCCUCCACUUUUCUUCUUGCUGCUCCUGCUGUUUUGGCUCAAGCACCCACCGCAUUCCCAACUGAAAUGGCUAACUUGGACCCUGCUGCUAUGUCCAGUUUGUCAAGCUACUUAAUGAAUGGUGGUGCCGAAACCAUUUUGGCUCAGGUACGUCGGAAAUAUUCAACAUUAACCAUCGAAAUCUCGAUUAAGGCGUCAUCUUACAUUGAAAACGCCAAUAUGCCAGCUGAUAUGAAAUCAUCCUACCAAAGUGAGGUUGCUCGUGCUUCCUCAUCCUUAGCCGCUGCCAAGGGCCAUUCUGCAGCAUCCAUUUAUCAACCGCUUACCGCAGCCGCUAUCGUCAUUGCCGGUGCCUUGACCGCAGGCAUGAUGCUCUAAGAAGGCAAUAACCUCUGUAUAAUUGUAUCCAUAUUGUUGCUUUUCAUCUAUAAAUAAAUCCUUGUAUUUCUUGAUAUUGAACCACA